AUGAAAAUGAAAGUCUCUGACUACGCCUACAACAAAACCGCUGACCUCCUCUCGAUCAAGACAUGGCAAUAUCUCGCCAUCAGCACAGGCAACCUCUCCGCCAUCUUCCUCCUCCUCAGCUUCGUCCUCCCCGGGAACCUCCCACCAUCCAAACCCUGGUGGACCGCUGAGCGCUACCAAGAGCACUACAGCGCCCACAUCAAAGGCACCCAAGCAGGCGCCAUCUUCAUGAUGCUCGGCGGCGGCCUAUACCUCCCCUACAGCGCCGCCAUCACCAAACGCAUGCGUCUCAUCCCCGCCCUCGAUCCCAUCCUCCCCGACCUGGUCCUCGUCUGCGGCGCCGCCGCCUUCUCCGCCUUCAUGCUCGCCGCCACCUUCCUCUCCCUGGUCAACUUCCGGGACUACGGCGCAGAGCUGACCCGCCUGCUGAACGACCUGUUCUGGAUGGCGGCGUUCCUGCCCUGGCCGGCCUUCUGGGUGCAGAUGUGGACAGUCAGUUGGGCUAUAUUCUCAGACCCUGGUCCGAAGACUGUCUUUCCGAGGAGUAUGGGCUGGGUGAAUCUGAUCACGCCGCUGGGGUUGGCGUUUGCGUCGGGCAUUCAUAUUCAGAAGGAAGGGCCGAUGGCGUGGAAUGGCGCGUUGUCGUAUUGGAUAGGUUUAGCGAUGUAUGGGAUUCAGGUUUCGUAUGAUUGUUUAGUUAUGAUGAAUGCUGUUAGGAGGGAGGGGACGUUCUAG